AAUACUCACAGAGAGAAAUUUCACGGAAGGGACACUCAAUGGUCUUUAAAUUCACGUCCGUCCCCUGGUCAUGCACGCUUCAUCUAGAGUGGAACUAGCUCUUUUGUUAUUCUGUCCUCCUUCACCCCUUCGUUUUUCACUGGGUGCCUGCAUAUCAAUCCCCAGAACGAGGCGGACAUCAGAAACUCUGCAUUAUCUCAUCUUCACCACCCACAGCCCACCCAGCAUGAGCUCAACCAGACCCUACGAUGUCGAAGAACACCCUUGGAGCACCGGCCUCUGCGGCUGCUUCGACGACAUCAAAAGCUGCUGUAUCACCUUCUGGUGCCCAUGCAUCACCUUCGGAUGGAUGUCAGAGAUUGUGGACAAAGGGGAAACGUCUUGCGUCAUGAACUGCGCAAUCUUUGCGCUGCUCUACUCCCUGACUCCGUGCACAUGCCUCUAUUCAUGCUUCUACCGAACCAAACUGAGACGAGAAUUCGGGUUGAAGCAAGAUCCAUGCCAUGACUGCUUAGUCCACUGCUGCUGCAUGCACUGCGCGCUUUGUCAAGAGUACCGAGAGCUCAAGAGCCGCGGAUUCGACGUGGAGAGGGGAUGGGAAGAGAACGCCAGGCAACGUAGAGAAGUGGCAAUGGCUCCAGUGGUGGAAGGCGGCAUGAAGCGCUAGAGUCCUGUGCUGAUUAAGGGGUAACAUCUUGUUUCGACCAAGAAUAUAAUUCUCUUUCCUCUGCUUGAUUAUGCAAGUGAACUUGUUACUCAGAAUAACAUAUGCCAUGUAUUGUUCUGCGUGAUUAGUAAAGUCGGAGCUCAGCUCCUACUUGUAAUAUCCUUUUUCAUUUUGUUGGCGCAGACUGCACUAAGAGUUCGAUUAAGUUUGCACUAUAAGACCUUCGGGGGGAGUAUGAAUUGUCAACUUAUAAAUCUUUUGAUAGCA